GAAAAAUGGUACAUUGAAAACAAUGGCUCCUUCAAAGCAAAUUGGUAAUAAGAAGUUACUGAUUGAUAGCCCCAUAACAUCACCUCGGGGUGUCCCAGCUUCUAAAGGUUUAUCUUCUCCUCUUCGAGGGGGUCUAAGACCAGCGUCACCAAAUAAGGCAUUGACAUCUCCUUUACGAAGGAUGCCAAGUCCUACAAGAACAAGAAAUGGUAUUAUGGGUUCAAUAUCUAAUAACUCAUGCAUCAUGCCCUCAAUUUUGAGUUUUGCUGCUGAUGCAAGAAGAGGGAGGGCAGGAGAGAAUCGGAUAGUUGAUGCACAUGAAUUAAGACUUCUAUAUAAUCGUCACCUUCAAUGGCGAUUCGUCAAUGCGCGAGCAGAAGCUGCACUAGAGGCACAGACAACAACAGCGGAGAGGAACCUGUACAAUGCAUGGUUGACUACUUUAAAAUUGCGGCAUUCUGUUAAGUCCAAAAGAAAUCAGCUGCUGCUGUUGCGGCAAAAUAUGAAGCUAUAUGCCGUCCUCAAAGGACAAGGGCCAUGUUUGGAUAAUUGGAGUAUGAUUGAUGGAGAUCAUCGCAAUGCCUUGUCAGGGGCUAUAUGUGCUCUGGAAGCCAGCACUAUUCGUCUCCCUGUUGUGGAAGGAGCUAGGGCAGAAGUUCAAAAUGUGAAAGAUGCUAUUUCUUCAGCCGUUGAUGUGAUGCAGGCAAUGGGAUCCUCAAUGUGUUCUUUGCUUCCAAAGGUAGAGCAGGUGGAUUCUAUGGUAUAUGAGCUUGCAGAUGUAGUGGGUAACGAGCGUGCUUUACUUGACCAUUGUAACGAUCUCUUGUCAUCACUGACUGCUCUACAGGUGAAGGAAUGUAGCCUGAGGACACAUUUAUUACAAUUAAAAGACGCGGUUUCUUGCUCAACAACAGAAGUGUAAAGCUGAUCUUUUUUGACUGCUUAACGGAAACAC